AUGCGAAUAACACCGUUGCUCCAAAUAUCUUUCCUUUGUCUUUUGUCUGCCUCUAUUACCUUCGCUCAGGUCCAGCAGUCCCUCUCGCUCAACUCGCUGUCGACUUUCUCAGGUUCCUCGAUAUCCAACCCAGCCACCUUCGGCUUGCCCGCCUCAUCUUCCCUGACGGUUUCAGUCGCGAUAUGUUCCUCACAAGCCACUUCCGGACGUUUCUUCCUGACGAAUGGCUCAGACGUCUUUGAGAUACAGUUAAACACAGGUUUUGGCAGCUGGACAGGGCAGGCCUUUAAUAAUGCGUCUCUGCUUGUUGCCGUCUCUGACAACGGUACGGUGCACGAGAUUCUCGACGUACUACCCCUCUUCGGUGAUUCCACAGCCAAUCAAGCAAUCCUCUUCUCACCUCCGUUCGCCUUCGAGGCAACCCCGCAGCCGACAUAUCCCAAUUAUACUCUACCCCUUGCCAACUCUUCUCUACCUGACGCUCCACCCUCCCCAACGUUUGACCUUGUGAUUGCACCCUUAUCUGCCCAAUUAACCUCGCUGCCGCAAACGGGCUGUAGUUUAGCCAACGCGACUUCAACUGGGACUGUCGAACUGAAUAAUACCUGGCUAAGGGGAUCGGGUGAUUGGAGAUCACAAUGGUUCGUUGAUGGCCUUUCACCGGACACCAACUACACUGCGUACGUGAUACAGGACGACGUCAAGGUCAGUGGACCUAUCUACUUUGUCACCAAGUCUUCUAGCUUCCCGUGUCCUCUCGUCUACUCUCUGCCCUACUGUCCUUCCACAGCAUAUGCUGUCCCCUUACCUCCGCCACAAAGUCCUGCACUCGCAUAUGAUGCUGCUAGCCUCCCCACUAAUAUCAGCGAUCCCCUCCUCCAAUACAUGACCAACUUCACCACAAUGCUCCUGACCUUCGGCUGUGGGCGUGACCUCUAUUCUCCCCUGCAAACAUGCUCAGACUGCCGGCGCGAGUACCGAUCCUGGUUAUGCGAUGUGUCCUUCCCACGAUGCUCCGAACCAUCCCUUACGUCAUCUGACUCCUCUGGAAGCAACGCACAAGCGCCGCUCUCAGCAUUGCAGCCCCAGCCCAGUGGGGCCACACCGAGAAACCCCUUCUUCCCUGUCGUCAACUAUUCUUACACAUCUCUUCUACCCUGUCUGGAAGUUUGCCAUGCUGUCGAUCGGGCUUGCCCUUAUUUCCUGGGAAUCAGCUGUCCAGUCCCACAGUUUAACGCAGAUGCCAGCUAUGGUGUUGGGUUCAUCGACAGCGGUGAAUCUGGAGUGGUUGGCCAUGGGACUACUGGCGCGGCUCAGGAUAGAUGGGGUAAUUUAUGGUGUAAUGGCAAUUAG